AUGCCCCUCACUGAGUCGGGCAAGGUCGACAUCCGCCGUCUUCGCACGUGGGACCAGAACAUCAACGAGGACAUGUACCAAAAAGCCACGGGCGGCGCAUGUCGAGUCCAUCUGGAUAUCUGGGUCAUCGGCGCAAUGGCUCUCGAGGUCGCUACCCUUAAGCCGCUCUUUCCCAAGCUGCGGUUCCCAAGGUUCUCAAUCAUGCACGAGGCGAAACCCGUCGCCACCUUCCCGGAGACUCAUCUGCUGGACCUCUUCCAGGAGCCGCCGUUCUUGGGCAUCUAG